UUCUACUCAUCGUCUUCACAUCUCUCCCUUUACCUUCUCUUUUGGGUUUCUUCUUAUUAGUCUCUUAGAAAAAAUGGCAGAUGUGGAAUACAGGUGCUUCGUCGGGGGUUUGGCAUGGGCCACCACCGACCAAACACUUGAGGAGGCUUUUUCUCAGUACGGCCAAGUUGUCGAAUCCAAGAUCAUCAAUGACCGUGAAACCGGUAGAUCUAGAGGAUUUGGAUUUGUCACCUUCAAGGAUGAGCAAGCCAUGAGGGACGCUAUUGAAGGGAUGAACGGCCAAGAUCUUGACGGUCGUAACAUCACCGUUAAUGAAGCUCAAUCCCGCGGAGGCGGUGGAGGCGGAGGUGGAAGAGGCGGUGGUGGCUAUGGAGGUGGCCGACGUGAAGGUGGAGGUGGCGGCUACGGAGGUGGUGGUUACGGAGGCGGUCGUCGUGAAGGUGGUGGUGGUGGAGGUUACGGAGGUGGCCGUCGUGAAGGUGGUUACGGUGGAGGCGGUGGUGGUUAUGGAGGAGGUGACCGUUACAAUGACGGUGGAUCUCGCUACUCUAGAGGUGGUGGUGGCGGUGGUGCUUCCGAUGGAAACUGGAGGAGUUAGUUUAGCCGUUGUCUUUUAGAUUGUUAUCGUUUAAAUUUAUUUAUGGUUCGGAAGUUUGAUUUAAGUUCCGUUUAUGGUUUACUGUGGUUACUUGUUACUGUUCUCGUUUUUGACCGCGAUUGUUACCGUGAUGUUACUUGUUGAUCUCUGUUUACAAAGUUCUCAUGAAUCAAGUGAAUGAAGAUUUACUAUUUAUGGUCUCCAA